AUGGAUGAUAUCACUUAUCAUUUGGAAAACUCGGCGCAAUUUUGGGAAAAAUUGGAUGAAAUCCUCGCACGAGGUGUAGAAAAUCAAGCUUCAGCUCUAUGUUCUAUUGAUUUAUACAUAAAGUUUGUUUCUAGUUUUCAAGAUGAAUUUCUUGAAAAUGAAAUGGAACUUAUGGAUUGUUGUUACAAAUUGCUUGUUUCUCCCAUCUAUCAAAGUUUUUCUGAUGUUGUUAUUGAUCGCGUUAUACAACGUGCAUCAAAGCAAACAGAUGUUAAAGAAUUAUUUCUAUUAUAUAAUAUCUUGUUUCUUGCAGGAAAAGAAAGCAAAAAGAUUUUUGCAAAAAUGAUGUGCGUACGAGAACAAAAUUUUGUAUCAAAAUUAAAAAAUCAUAUAUACAUGAAUAAAGUUGAUAACAGGUUACAACAAAUUUCAAUACAGUUGCUUUUCGAAAUUUGCUAUGUUCAACGAUUAACACCUAGUGAAUUAAACUUAAUAGACGAAUCGUUUUUGAAUUAUCUUCUUGAUAUGGUAGAAAAUACAAGAAAUGAUGACGAUGAAAUGUUUAAUUAUUCCAUCAUUCGGUUGAUCUUGUCGUUUAAUGAGCAAUUUUUGUUAACAUGUUCGCAAAUUGAGGAUGUAGAUUGGAAUCCUAAUACAGUCCUACGUGUAUUGGGAGCUAGAAUCGGUAGCAGUAAAACUUUUGGCGAAAAUUUGAUAUUUAUGUUAAACCGAGCAGUCGAUCAUCAUAUACAAAUGCUUAUAUUGAAACUUUUAUAUGUACUAUUUAAUACUCCGGAAACUUUUGAAUUUUUUUACACAAAUGAUUUGAGGGUUCUAAUAGAUGUAUUCAUUAGAGAACUCUAUGAUAUGCCGGAAGAGAGCGAGACACUUCGUCACGCGUUUCUACGAGUUCUUUGCCCAUUAAUCACAAAUACUCAGUUGUUUCAAUAUCGAUAUAAACACCAACAGAUUCAUAAUUUGCUCCUAGAUUUGAAUGGAUCGACGACAAAACAAUUUAAACCCGUAUCGCCAAAAACACAAAGUUUAGUCAACAAGUGUUUGAAGGCAGAUUAUUUUGGUAAUGGAAUAACAAGAAAUCCUACUCCAAAUGCUCUUGUAUCGGGAAUGGAUAUCACAGUAAAUACAAAUUCUUCAAAUGGAAAUGGACUUACAGUCAAUUAA